GGGGGGGGGGGGGCGGACUGCGUGCGCGAAGCGUGGCUUUCUUGUCCCCGCGCGGACGCCGUAGCGCAUGUGGCUGCUGACGCAGUGCGCGGGCCCUCCUCCUGCUCUGCGGCGGCGGCGGUGUCGGCGGCGGAGUUCGCGGCGGCAGCGGCGGCGGGGAGGGGGCAAGGGCGAGGACGCGCAAGGCGAGUGAAGGAGGCGGAGGAGCAGGCGCCACCAUGGCCGCCGCGCUCACCGACAUGGCCGACCUGGAGGAGCUCUCCCGCCUCAGCCCGCUGCCCGCCGGCAGCCCCAGCCCGGCGGCGCGGGGCCGGCCCGAGCCCCCCGGGGAGGACGAAGACGACGACGACGAGGAGGAGGAGGCGGAGGCCGAGGCGGUGGCUGCGCUGCUGCUCAACGGCGGCGGGGCCGGCGGCGGCGGCGGCGCGGGGGGCGGCGAGGCGGAGACCAUGUCGGAGCCGAGCCCCGAGAGCGCCAGCCAGGCCGGGGAAGACGAGGACGACGACGAGGACGACGACGAGGAGGAGGAGGAGGAAGAGGACGCGAGCAGCAGCAGCGGCGGCCCCGAGGAGGAGAGCAGCGCCGAGAGCCUGGUGGGCAGUAGCGCGGGCGGCAGCGGCGACGAGACGCGCUCCCUCAGCCCCGGCGCGGCGAGCAGCAGCGGCAGCAGCAGCGGCGACGCGGACGGCAAGGAGGGCCUGGGGGCGCCCAAGGGGGCGCGGGGCGGCUCGGGCGGAGGCGGCGGCAGCAGCAGCAGCAGCGUGGCGUCGAGCGGCGGCGACGAGGGUUACGGCACGGGCGGCGGCGGCGGCAGCAGCGCGACCUCGGGGGGCCGGCGCGGCAGCCUAGAGAUGUCGUCGGACGGGGAGCCCCUGAGCCGCAUGGACUCCGAGGACAGCAUAAGCAGUACUAUAAUGGAUGUAGACAGCACAAUUUCCAGUGGGCGUUCAACUCCAGCAAUGAUGAAUGGACAAGGAAGCACUACAUCUUCAAGCAAAAAUAUUGCCUAUAAUUGUUGUUGGGACCAGUGCCAGGCUUGCUUCAACUCUAGUCCAGACCUGGCAGAUCACAUCCGUUCCAUACAUGUAGAUGGUCAGCGAGGAGGGGUCUUCGUUUGCUUAUGGAAAGGUUGUAAAGUUUACAAUACCCCAUCAACCAGUCAGAGUUGGUUACAGAGGCACAUGCUGACACACAGUGGAGACAAACCUUUCAAGUGUGUCGUUGGUGGCUGCAAUGCCAGCUUUGCUUCUCAGGGAGGGCUUGCUCGCCAUGUACCCACACACUUCAGUCAGCAGAACUCCUCAAAAGUGUCUAGCCAGCCAAAGGCCAAAGAAGAGUCUCCUUCUAAAGCUGGAAUGAACAAAAGGAGGAAAUUAAAGAACAAGAGACGGCGCUCAUUACCACGGCCACACGACUUCUUCGAUGCACAGACGCUGGAUGCUAUAAGACACCGAGCCAUAUGCUUUAAUCUCUCAGCUCAUAUAGAAAGUUUAGGGAAGGGACACAGUGUUGUUUUUCAUAGUACUGUAAUAGCUAAGAGAAAAGAGGAUUCUGGGAAGAUAAAACUUUUGCUUCAUUGGAUGCCUGAGGACAUCCUGCCUGAUGUAUGGGUGAAUGAAAGUGAACGACACCAAUUAAAAACUAAAGUAGUUCAUUUAUCAAAGCUACCCAAAGAUACCGCCUUGCUUUUGGAUCCAAACAUUUACAGAACAAUGCCGCAGAAGAGGUUGAAGAGAACUCUGAUAAGAAAAGUGUUCAAUUUGUAUUUAAGCAAACAGUGAAGGACAUUUGCAAUCAACUAAAAAUUCGUCUAUCGAAUUAGGGCUGAAACUUUCUGUUAAAGAGUGUUGCAGUAUGGUGGCUCCCUUUUCAGGACUAGGGCUUUCAUGGAGCACAGUAUGUUAAUACUCACCUAUAUAAUCUGUUAAUGGUUUUUGGAAAACCUGUCUCAAAUUAUUUAAUUCUCAUGUUUUCAUUUUAACCUAUAUAAAAGACUAUUUUUUUUCCCUGAGGAGAGCAUUUGGUUGAGUUUUUCCUUAAUGUAAGAAAAAUUGUAUUUUUUUUUUUUAAAUUUUCUUCAAACUGAAUCCUUUAUGCACCAAAGUUGGUUUUGAAAGGAAAAUAAAAUCACUUUCUUGCUUGGUUAGCAAGAAGCCAUACGGAUUUUUUUUAUCUUACAGAAAUGGAAAUAUGUGUAACUUGUUAGUAUUGUAUCAAACAAAUGUUGCAUAGAGAUAAUAGAACAUUGCUUGUAAAUAAUUCAGCAGAUUUGUAAUAUAUUUUUAUAUUAUGAAAUGUACUGUAGAUGUUUUUCUAGAGGCAUGAAAGUUAAAUGUAUAUAUUAUGGUUAGAAAUAAUAUUGAAGGAUAUUGUAAUUCACUAGUGCUGCCAGAGGAAUUGUUAAUAAAGCACCUUCUUUAACAAUAAAUGUCUUUUUGCAGACUUAAGGGACUAUGUACUACUGUUAAUAUCUAUAAGAACAAAACACAUUGAACAUCCUUCCAGAAAGUCUUUGAGGGAGGACCUAUGCCCAUAAUAGAAUUAUGGCACUCAUUUCUGACAGUGACCAUGAAAUCAUAUAUUUCCUUACUGUUGGAAGGACAUAUUGUAAAGUAUGUGGUUAUAUGCAGUCAAACUGCAGAAAAUACUCCGAAUUGAGGAGUUUUCACUUUACUACAGUGAUGUAUUUAAAAUAAAAAAAUUUUAAAAAACCAGUUUUUACACAAAAAAUUUUUUAAAGAAAGAAUAGGAAAAAUUAUAAAAUCAAACCUUUGCUUCCAAAACCAGGAAAGAUUCCAUGACACACAAGUUUCAUUACUCAUUUAUUUUAAAAAAUUUUAGAAAAGAAUAAAAGUUAUGGGAGGCGUUAUUUGUUAACAAUGGGUUAAAGCGCUAUGUACAUGAAAUGAGUCAGAAAAUUAAAUGAAGUGCAAAUACAAAAGCACUGCUACUACAAGACGUUCUGGAAUGGUUGUUUAAUAAGGGUAUUAUCCAUUUGAUCUGUAGCAGAUGUGAUUUUUUUUUUUUAAACAGCAGUGUGUUUUACUAUUUUUAAAUUUCUUUUGCUUAAGCACUUCAUCAAUUGCUUUAUUCUGUAUCUAUGAAGUAAUCUGCAAUCUUUUUUGUUCUUUUUAAAUUUUGAUUUGUUAUAAAUUGCCAAAUAGAAGUGUUUCAGAUAUAUAGUUUGUACCUGUAUUUUUAAUUUUAUUCCCUCAUGUUCUUGUAAGUCAUUUUUAAUUGACCGAUGAUUGUAGACCUUGCCUGAGUAUUUUUUUCUAAUAAAACAAAGCAAAUCACAUUUAGCUUCACAA